UAAUACUAUAAUCAAGCUCGGUUUAUUACGCUCCAAUAUUUACGAUACUUUACACGGUGGUCUCGUUAAGAACAUAAAAUAAAUUCAAAUACACCUAAUGCUGACAAAGUUGCUCGGUUAAAUAUCUCGCGUGUUUCGUGUGCCUUGAGUAAGAAGGAAGAUCAAGUGACGAAAAUGGACUAUAUGGAAAUUUACGAUUAUUAUUGGAACCAAAAUGCUGAUCCACGAACGAACGUCUUGCCUUUCGUUGGUUCGCCCAUUCUCAUCCCGGUUAUCCUAUUUUCAUACCUGUACUUCGUUUUAAAAUGUGGACCCGAGUACAUGAAGAACAAGAAACCGUACGAACUGAAAACCUACGUGAAAUUCUACAAUAUUUUUCAAAUAUUCACCAACGCGUAUAUAAUACAACAAUUCAUCGAAGCUGGUUGGUUCAGUGAAAUAACGAUGUUUUGCGAGAUGCCGGAUUACUCUUACGAUCCUGGUCCCCUCAAGUUGUCCUUCACAAUGUGGAUUGCGAUGAUGUUAAAAAUGAUCGAUCUGACUGAAACGGUCGUGUUCGUGCUGAGGAAAAAACAGAACCAGAUCACCGUUUUGCACGUGUACCAUCACGUGUCGACGUUGUUGCUAAUUUGGCUGUCAACGAAAUACAUUGCAGUUGCAAUGGCGUCGUUCAUGGUCUUAGUGAAUUGUUUCAUCCACGUGAUCAUGUACACGUAUUAUUACUUAAGCACGUUUGGCGAGAAGACGCGGAGAGUGAUAAAUCCGUUCAAACCGUGGCUGACGAUAAUGCAAAUGGCACAGUUUAUCGUACUGAUGGUCCAAAACACCAUAUCGUUGCUUCCAUAUUGCGAAGUGACAAAGGUACCAGCCACUGUAUCUAUAGUCAACUUGUCUAUAAAUUUCAUGCUAUUCUAUAACUUCUACCAAAAGAGCUACAAGUCUAAGCAGAAGAAGAGCUGAGCCACACCAAAACGUCUAGAAACAAUACGCCAAUUUUAUAAUAAUCACAGUUGGAAGAUCUGUACGAACAAUUCUUCUUGUUAAUAUUUAGUGCGAUUUUUUCCACGAUAGCAAUUAUCUUCGAUUAUCCGAUAACUAGAUUUAUAUUUAUAUAAAAUAAGCGAACUAUAAUUUAUUAUUCGACAAUGCAGGGUACACGAUCUGUACUAAAACGGUUGUUUACAAUAGUGUAGG